UUAACGUUUGGUUGCUCCUCUGCUACUUGCAGGCACCGAUAAUGUAACACCCAGAAGAAUCAAAUCAAAGCUAAACGUCCAGUAAAAUAAAAAAAUUUUCACUGUUGAUCAUAGAGAGCUGUUGAAAAUAAAUAAUCCAAUUUUUUGACAGUUAGCUUACCUAUGACUUAACAGUAAAAAAAAAAAUAAAAAGUAGCGAGAUUAUUAUCAAUCAAUAUCAAUAAUAACUUAUUAAGUAUCAAUAUUGUAAAGCCCUACCUACAAUGUAAAGCGAAAUAGUGAAAUCUUUUCUUAUUGAAGUAGUGUUUUUUUAUAACUAACAGUUUUGUUUUGAUUAUAUUAACCUAUAAUGUCGGAUAACAUCACUUUUGGAAACAGUUUACAAAAAAACUUCAACAAAAUGAAAGAAAAAAAAGUCAGACCCUUAACCAAGGUCGUUAUUCGUCGAUUGCCUCCUGAUAUAGACAAAGGAACGUUUAUGGAACAAAUAUCUCCUGUGCCAAACUUUGAUUAUUUUUACUUAAUAAAGGCAGAUAGUUUGUUAGGUGAAUUUGCUUUUUCAAGAGCCUACAUCAACUUUAUUAAUGUCGAAGAUAUCUUCAUAUUUAAGGAGAAAUUUGACAGUUAUGUAUUCAUUGAUCAAAAAGGACAUGAAUAUGCUGCUGUUGUUGAGUUUGCAGCUUUUCAAAAGAUCCCAAAAAAAAGAAGAGCACGUCCCGACCCAAAGUGUGCCACAAUUGAGUCUGAUCCGUACUAUAAAGAGUUUUUACUUUCUCUCAGUGAGCAACCAAAACCUGAAGAAAAACCAGAAUAUUCUUAUCAGUUUUCAUCUGAAAAUAAAGAAGACCUAAUGACCACACCUUUGCUUGAAUAUGUAAAACAAAAAAAAGUAGAUAAACAAAGAAUCAGAGAAGAAAGAAGAGAUGAAAGAAGGAAAAGAGAAAUUGAAAGAAAAAAGUUUAAAGAAGAUGAGAAAAAAAAAUAUUUGGAAGAAAAGUACAAACCAGGUGCCAAGUCAUAUUCUUCUCGUGGAUCAAAGUCAUUUGUUUAUGGACAUAAAACAAAUGAACCAGAAAUAGUUGAAGAAGAAGAAACCCAUUUGAGAAAAGGAGAAUCAAAUACUGAUGAUCCAAAAUUAUUUUAUAAAAACAACAGAAGAAAUUUUAAUCAUGAUAAAGUAAAACCAAAUGGUCAUUACGAAUCUAAAGACUUCAAAUAUAGAAAAGAAGAUUAUAAAGAUUAUAGCCGUGAGAGAAACUUUGGAAAUGUAAAGAAAAUGAGUAAGUAUGAAACUAAACAGAAUGUCGAUUCUGAAAAAAACUACCCUAAAAAGGUUAAAAAGUAUAGUGCAAUAAAGGAAGAACGGAGAAAUGAAAUUAAAAAGCAUGUGCAAAAAAAGUCUGAACUAAAACAUGACGAUAUCAAGAACACAAAUGAAGAAAUAGAACAAGAAAUUUUUGAAAACUUGGAAUCACAAGAAUCAACUUCUGUAGAGACAACUGAAUCCCCUACAGAUAAAAAUGAAAUUAAAUUAACCCAUAAUAAAAAUAAUCAGGUUUCUAAAGACCCUUUACAGCAUUGGGAAUUGAAAGAAAAGGAAUUAAAAACUACAAAUAAGGAAAAUGACCCAAGGACACAAAGAAGAAUCAGAAACAAGGAUAGACCAUCAAUGGCUAUCUACCAACCUGGGAUGUUAUCAAAACGUAAACAGGAAGGAAGUGUGACUGAAACAACCAAUCAAAACAUUGAAAAUAAACCUAGUGAUAAAGUUUAAUUUGCAAUAAGGAUAUAUGUAUAAUUUGAAAAUACAUGAGUUUUAUUUAGAAGGAAAUAUACUUUAAUAUCAUUUGAUGAAAUACAUGUUAUAUUAU